AUGACUGAGACAGGAGAGAAUGACGUCGAUAUCUCGAUCCCGCGUCAUGACCUGAGUACUUAUCUAGGGCGAUUACGCCACUUCAUUACCGUGACGUCUCCUUUGACUUUGCUUGCUACGAAUAAACAACUCGAAGAUGCAAAGCGCACAGUUGACAAAUACGACGACGCCAUUCGUCAACGGCGAGUUCCGUAUCUGGUACCUCGAACCGAAGCUGAGCAGUACUGGAGAGCAAAGCAAAUAGUGCAAAGCUCAGUGCAUCCAGACACUGGAGAGACUAUCCCCUUGCCAUUCAGAAUGUCUGCAUUCGUGCCUACAAAUUUAAUUAUUGUCGGAGGGAUGCUGAUGCCGAGCACCUCUCUCAAAACCAUCAUCUUCUGGCAAUGGGCGAAUCAGAGUCUGAACAGCUGUGUCAAUGCCGCCAACGCGAACAAAUCAGGCCCCCAGAUGACUACAGGCGAAAUCGCCGGGGCAUAUGCGGCGGCAACUUCGGCCGCAGUUGGCAUCUCUGUCGGGUUGACUCAAGCCAUCCCGCGCAUGCGCAAUGUCGCCCCAGGGACGCGGGCGAUACUUGGUCGACUCGUGCCUUUUGUCGCUGUUGGCAGUGCCUCUGUGGUCAACGUCGGCGCGAUGCGGUGGAGGGAAAUGCUGCACGGUACCAAGGUGUACAGCAAGACCGAUUCGGGUGAGCGGAAGGAAGUGGGAAACAGUGUCGUUGCAGGACAACGGGCCGUCGGCAUGACAGCCGCAUCGCGCAUUUUCAUCAAUAUGCCCACCCUUGUUCUCCCGCCUCUUCUCUUGUCGUGGGCGCAGCGACGAAGGAUCGUACCGACGGUGGGAAUCGCACCCAGGAUAGCAGAAGUCACGCUCAUUGGCAUAUCUCUCCUCGCAUUCUUACCUCCCGCUAUCGCUGUCUUCCCGCAAGACGCGAGCAUAGACGUCUCGAAGCUCGAACCUAGAUUCCAUAGCUUAAAAGAUGGGGAUGGCAAGCCUGUACAUCAGCUAGAAUACAAUAAGGGUCUGUGA